GUCAGAGGAAGUGGUAUGCGCGCGCUCUACUGUAGCUCGGCUUUAGAGAAGCUGUGGAAGGAAAGCAGAGGAUGGCGGGCCGCACACCGCAUGAGGCCAGGAUGUUGAAGAGGUGGUGGUUAGGAUGGAGGCGGUCCUUUAUAAUCGCCCUGGCUCUGGAGACAUCUUGAGCUGGCAAUUAAGUCCAGGGAGGAGAGUGGACAGCCGAUCACCUUCUCUGCAGUUCUGAUGACCCUCUGGAGUCUCUUCUUGUCAGCUGUUGUGCAACCAGCGUACCACACUGGGAUGGCGUGCACCAGCACACUCUCGAUAGUGGCUCAGUAGAAGGACACUAGGAGGUCGGUCUGCAGCCUGUUCCAUCUCAGAGCUCUCAGGAAAUGGAGGCGCUGCUGGGCUUUGUUCACCAGGCUGAUGUGUUUGUGGACCAACAUAGGUCCUCAGAUAUGUGGGUGCUGAGGAACUUAAAGGAGGGCACCCUCUCCACAUAGUCACCUUUUAUGGAGAGGGGAGGGGGAUCAGUUCUUGUUCUGCAGAAGUCUGUCAGAGUUUUACCCCUGAUGCUGCUGGAUAAACAGAAACUCGCUCAGGAACGACGUCACACAGAGCUCAAGUUUUCACUGGCGAGAGGGAAGCAGUUGUCUCCAACCCACUUCAACUUGCUCUCCCCCUGCAGGUUGUUUUUAUUGGUUACACACAUGAAUAUUCAUAAAGCUUGUUGCUGUAUCACCUAAGAGAAAUUACUAUAUCUGGUUACAAAGUGUAAUUGUGCAAGCAUGGUUAUACAAUGUGUGUGGUUAUAUGAUUGGAGUGCAGCUCUCCCAGGAUGCUGUCGGUAGCUUGUCCCAGCCAGGUGGCUUCCUUCAUUGAGUAGAAUCUGUUCUUCUCAAGGCUGCUUGUUCCCCUUAUCGAGGUCAUGCACGUACUCAUAUUUCUGGGUUACAUAGAGAACAAACAGAAGCAUCCUAGCUUUUUAAAUGGCAACCUACAACACAUACAUUAAACCUAACAAGGACCAUGACCACUUCCUUUGUUUUCUUGGUGUUUAGGGUGAGGUUAUUGUAGCUACACCAUUCAGUCAGUCGCUGGACCUCAUCUCUGUAGGCGGUGCCAUCAUCGUUGGUGAUGAGCCCCAUCAGAGUGGUGUCGUCUGCAAAUUUGAUGAUGAUGAUGUUGCAGGGGUGCGUGGGGGUGCAGUCACUGGUGUUGAUGGUGUAUAGGAGAGGACUCAGCACACAUCCCUGCGGUGAGCCAGUGCUGAGUUACAGGGUGGAUGAUCUCUGGUUGCCUGACUGAUUGUGAUCGGUCUGUCAGAACGUUUUUGAUCCAUGCACAUGUGGAGGGGGAGUCCAAGUUUACCAGCUUGUGUAUAAGGAUGUCUGUGAUGAUGGUAUUGAAGCUGAAAAUCAAUGAAGAGCAUCCUUACUGAUGUCCCAGCAUCCGUGAUGAACAGCUAACUGUGGUUCAGGCUGGUAAAAGCUCCUGUGACUGUUUGUGACUGUUAUAUAUUAAUAACUCUUCUGUCUGUCACACAUGAAACAUGUUUAAACUGCUCCAAAUGUUACAUGUGGACUGGUACGUGUAUCAGCAUCAUUACAGGUUCUUCAGACUGAGCAUGCUCAGAUCCUGCUGACCUCACUGCAGUCACACAGGAAGAAAACGUUUGUAAAGCUGAGAAACUCAAAGUGUCUUUAUUCAUCUGUGUGAACAGGACAGAUGAGGAGAAGGAGUAAGGACGACCCUCCGAGCUUUUCAGACCUCAGGCUGGUUCUGGUUGGGAAGACUGGAGCAGGGAAGAGCUCCAGUGGAAACACCAUCCUGGGAAUAGACGCCUUCAGAGCAGCAGCUGCUUCUGCCUCGGUGACGGCUGAGUGCUGCAAGAAGAAAGAAGAGGUGUGUGAGAGGACCAUCUCUGUGGUGGACACUCCCGGCCUCUUCGACACCACGAUGUCUGAUGACGCCGUGACGAGGGAGAUCUCCAAAUGCAUCAACAUGUCGGCCCCGGGGCCCCACGCCAUCCUGCUGGUCAUCAGGGUGGGACACUUCUCUGAAGAGGAACGAGACGCCGUGAAGAAGGUGGAGGAGAUCUUUGGAGAGAGGGCCUGGAGGUACACCAUGAUCCUCUUCACCCACGGAGACGAAGUCAAAACAGACUUUGAUCAGAUGUUGAAGACAGCAGGAGCUGAGCUGCAGGAGGUCCUGAUGAAGGCUGGAAACAGAUACCACGUCUUCAACAAUCUCAAAGCCAACGACCGUGGUCAGGUCCUGGAUCUGCUGAAGAAGGUGGACAAGAUGGUGGCCGACAAUGAAGGACAGUAUUACUCCAACUCCACCUACCUGGAGGUGGAGAAGAUGCUGAAACAGAGAGAGUUAGAGCUCAGAGAGUUCUACGAGAAGAAGCUGACAGAGGAAACCAAAGCAGUGGAAUUAAAGUACAAGAAGAAGCUGACGGAGGCUCAGGAGGAGAAACGGCAGGUGGAGGAGGAACUGCAGUGUGAGCUCAAAGAGCUGAGGCGAUAUUAUGAGGUUUUACAGAGCGGAGUCCGUCAGGUCGUGGAGCAGGUGGCCAAAGACGAUUCCUGUGAUAAAAUCCUUAAAACGUUCCACGAGAAGCUGAAGCUGAACUGAGCUGCUCACACUUCCUCAGCAGACUGAAGGUUCAACAUCACAUCAUUUUUACUGAUAGAGCUUCCAGUCACGGCAGGUAGAAACGAAC